AAAAGCAGCUCAGAACCAAAUGUCUAAGUAGUAGCAGGCGAGGCAUGAUCCCAAUCCCAGCCGUCCCUGCGGAUGAAACAGUGUGUAUGCACGGAUGUAUGGAAACAGGCUAGAGCAGGUGUGUUUUGUGCAUGUCUCAGUGGUCGCUGUAUUCAGGACCGUGGCUACGGACUUUGCGUAAGAUGUUGCGCUGGGUGCAGCAUCAGUCCUGUGUGCGGCCACGACGCGCGCGAGCUGCCUGCAUACACUUACAAAAAUGCGCCAGUAGGUUUGUACGCCUCGUACCCCGGAUAAUCAAAUUACAUUCGAUUUUUACACUUUACAGCGAGCGAUUGCGUCGUUUUUUUCUCUCUCCCAGCGGUGGUAUGAUCUGUUAACUAUAUAUUCACCGUGUCCGCGCGCACUGACGCGCUCCGGAUCUGCGAGAGACACCGAAUCAACGGGAGCAAAAUCAUUAGAAGAGGAUUCGUCGAGUCGGCGCGAGGAGAAAGGAAAAGGUUUCCUCGUGUCCAACAUGAUUCAUUAGAAGAGGAUCCGGAGGAUGUGAUGGAUGCAUGAGAGGAGAACGUAAGCAAGGCCAAUGCUGACUGUGAUGAUUGUGAUGGCAAGCAGAAGACUCCCGUAGCAGCAUCCAGGGCUGUUGACAACUGUGUGGAUUACACUUUGAUGCCACAAGAUACCUGAUUCCACAAGUUAAUCGUAAAAAAAGAAAGGGGCAGGACAUGAUUCAGUUGCCAUGCAGGCUGCUAUCGUAACAGGCCUUUUCAGCCCCUCCCCCCUCAUCUGGUUGGUCCAACUGUUGUUGUGGCCACACCUCCUUGGACCUCGCUUGGCUGAAGCCAGUCCCGCCUGCCCCAAUCCCUGUAGCUGUUCCAAUCAAGCCAGUCGAGUGAUCUGUACCAGAAAAGGCUUAAAUGAAGUCCCACAGAGUAUCUCGUCCAAUACGCGAUACCUCAACCUCCAGGAGAACUCCAUACAGUUGAUCAGGUCAGACACCUUCAAGCACCUAAAUCAUCUGGAGAUUUUACAGUUGUCUAAGAACCAGAUUCGUCAGAUAGAAGUGGGAGCGUUCAAUGGCCUUCCCAAUCUCAUCACCCUGGAGCUUUUUGACAACAGACUCCCACUGGUGCCAUCACAGGCAUUCGAGUACCUGAGCAAGCUUCGUGAACUCUGGCUGAGGAACAACCCCAUAGAGACACUCCCAGCGUACGCCUUCCACCGCGUGCCGUCACUGCGACGGUUAGACCUCGGUGAGUUGCGCAAACUCAGUUUCAUCUCGGAGGCCGCAUUCGAAGGGUUGCUGAACCUACGUUUCCUGAAUCUGGGCAUGUGCGGGCUUAAGGACGUACCCAACUUGACGCCUCUCGUGCGGUUAGAGGAACUGGAGCUGUCGGGAAACCAGCUGGGCGUGGUGCGUCCUGGAUCGUUCCAAGGCCUGGUGUCCCUACGCAAACUGUGGCUCAUGCACUCUCGGAUCUCUGUCAUUGAGAGGAAUGCCUUUGAUGACCUCAAGAACCUGGAGGAGCUCAAUCUGUCGCAUAACUCUCUGCAUUCAUUGCCACACGACCUCUUCACUCCACUGCAGCAGUUAGAGCGUGUCCAUCUGAACCACAACCCUUGGGUUUGCAACUGUGAUGUGCUGUGGUUGAGCUGGUGGCUCAAAGAAACCGUACCUGAUAACUCCACUUGUUGCGCACGAUGCCAUGCCCCACCAGGUACUAAGGGCAGGUACAUCGGUGACCUUGACCAGAGAGACUUCACCUGCUAUGCACCUGUGAUUGUGGAGCCACCAACGGACCUGAACGUGACCGAGGGAAUGGCGGCGGAGCUAAAAUGCCGCAGCGGGACAUCCAUGACUUCUGUGAAUUGGUUGACCCCCAAUGGGACCUUGAUGACCCAUGGAGCGUACAAGGUCCGGAUCUCUGUCCUGCAUGACGGAACCUUGAAUUUCACCAAUGUGACCAUGCAAGACACCGGACCAUACACCUGUAUGGUCACCAACUCUGCUGGCAACACCACAGCGACUGCUGUGUUGAACGUCUCAGCUCCUGAUCCAGGCAGUGGUUACAGCUACUUCACAACUGUCACUGUCGAAACCGUAGAGACGGGGCAAGAGGGGCACGAAUCAGCUCGGCAGUUCGUCAACGAGACCAUCAUUAGCUUUCCGGGAUCGCCGGCCACAUCGGCAUCAGCAGGUCCCACUAGUUCGAUGCUGUCCUCCAUGUCACCACGAACUACGCGUGCACCCGAUCGCCCGUUCACCGUCUCCAUCACAGACGUUGCCAACCUGUCGGGUCUUGAGGACGUAAUGAAGACAACUAAGAUCAUCAUAGGCUGCUUUGUGGCCAUCACCUUCAUGGCGGCCGUGAUGCUGGUCGUCUUCUACAAGCUCCGCAAGCAGCACCAACUGCACAAACACCAUGGCCCGGCGCGCGCCAUUGAGAUCAUCAACGUCGAAGAUGAGAUUGGGUCUGCAGGAGCCAGUGGCAUCACAGGAGGGAGCACCGUCCACACUGGAGCGGGAACGGGUGGAGGAAGCGGGCAGAGUCCCAGGAUCCAUGACCCCGAGAUCAUCACCCUGCCGAGCGUUGGGCAAUCGGAUCACCUGAACCACUACUACAAAGCGCACCACUUUAACAACAACGUGCUGGGCUUAAACAUGGCGACUGGAAUGCUCAACAACAAACCCAAUCUUACCUCCCAAAAUCAGGCUUCGACCAUGAAAAUAGGGACCGGUGACAUCAUCCCUGGCUCGACCUCCCCUCCCCUGCCAAUGCCCAUCCCAAUGGCGAUGACUUUCCAUGGAACUCUGAAAGGCCUUAGUCACGUUCCCAAUAUGCAGACUGAGCCGCUGUUGCUAUCGAAUGGCUCCAAGGAGAGCGUUCAGGAGACCCAGAUCUGAUCACACACACACACACACACGCGCAGGAAGGGAAGUACACUGGUUUUUACGCCAGUGUGACUGUCAAGUCUUUGACAUUAUGGAACUCCAUCCCUUUCCGACAGAUUCUAUGGAAUAUUCCGUUCAGUGAACAGAGAGACGGGGUUUUACUGAAGUGGACAUGGCGCUAUUGAGUACACCUGUGCCAAAGCAAGCGUCUUUUUUGCAGUUCUUUUUGAGUUGUGUCCGCGUAUAAAAAAUAUAGUCUAUAUUAAAGUAGUGUAAUUACUUAAGUGUUGGUUUGCCACAGUCCAGCGACACAGAGUACACACACACCGAUGUACAGCAGCAGCUAACAGACCUGUAUAAAAGCAUACACACAUUUACACUCGCCAGAGGUUGACAUCAUUAUUCAUUGUACUCACCUCGGUAGGUAGUGUACAUGUGUGUGUGUGUGUAAGGGACUGUAUUAAGUGAGACUAAUUCAGAAAUAAAGACUUAAACUGCUGUGAUCCAGAAUACAUGCUCAUGUUCACUCUGCUUCUGAAUCUAGCACAAGUGAGGAUCAGUUCAUAAGCUCAGAGAUCUGAACUCUGUUUCAGGGUGACACACACAUCAUACCUAGAGAAGAAGCCUUUCCCUGUGAACAAUAAGAGUUACUUGGCUGUUGUCCUCAGCAAAGGUACCAUAGUACCUCCCAACAAGCCGCCAUAGUGCAAACUCUCUGUGCAUAUCUACGUUUGAAGAGAUUGUGAGUGUCAUAUGUUUGUCUUUCCUCCUGUCAGCGCUGAAAUGAAGAGUAACAGCAGUGUGUAAGGGCUAUUUCACUGGCAUUGGGUGUUUUUGAUGUGCGCUGAACGUAUCUGGACUUAAAGCCGACAUGAAACGCCAUUUCGGUAUUUCUAUGUGAAACAUGGAUGCUUGACUUUAUCCAUCGGGAAUUGAUUGGAUCGUGAAAAGUGUGUGUGCCAAAAUGGAGCCAGGAGGGAUUUGUGAUUCUAGCCGAAACGGAAAGUCGUUUCAGAGGCGGAGCAGGUUACAGUUUGAUAAAAAAAAAAAAAAAAAAUCUGGAUAUUUUUUUUUUUUGUGUUGUUUUUUUGGCUUGGCAUAAUGUGCACAGUUGAAUCGUGCACAAUAAGGCCAGGAAUGUGUGUUAGGAAAGUAAACAGUGUCCAUUUUGAGUUCUUGUUGACUUUAAAAUAAGCUGUAUUAAAGCUUCGAAAUAUACUGGGAUACGCAGCACAGGAGAAUUUCAUUGACUUGAAAAUUUUAGAUUUUUAACAGAGACAGAACGAAAGACAUUGUGAAAAUGUCCCGAUUUUUCUGACGAAAGAUUUUGCAAUAUGACAUGUAAUCUUAUGUAAAGAUUUUCAAGUAUACUGUUUAUAGACCAAAUCAGUGGGUUUGGGUUCAAGGGUUCAGGGUUCAGGGAACGGGAAUACCGCUCACUUCAGAUGAAACGUUAGCCAUCCGGUUGGCCAAACUUGUAUGCCUCACCUUCAGAGAGUAUUUUCUUUGAAGAGACCCUUCGUGGGAGCCAUACGCCAACUGCUGACUACAUAAAGCGAUCUAUUGAUCAAGUUCCUCAUUCUUGAAUGGCUUUUGAAGUUGUAUAAUAACAAUGUGCAAUGUGCCAUUAACUGGAGUAGAGUACACAUGCGUGUAUUAUUGUAAUUGCUGCAUUAAACUUUAAUCGGUUUUUAAUUUCCAAUUCAUCAUCUUUUUAUCAAAUUGUUGUUGUUAAAACUGAUUCAUCCUUUUGCAAAUGGUGGGAAUUCUCAAUAAUCGGGCUGGACUUCAUUUGACCAACUGGGCGAUUGUUUUCUCCAUUGAAUCUAGUUCGACAUUAUUCAUUUUUGUUGAAGUGCUAUACAUAGCUCGGCAACCCGAGGACAUUAUAUCCCUCUCAAAUGUCUCCCUGCUAUUCUUCAUAAUGGAAUUAUAGGACAAACUAUAUAUUU